AUGUUCAUUGUGGGUCUUACAGGAGGUCUAGCUACGGGCAAAAGUACCGUACUAUCUAUAUUUCGUGAAAAUGGAAUUGCUGUUAUAGAUGCCGAUGAUAUUGCUAAGAAAGUCUUGGAACCUGGAACUAUAGCAUGGAAAGAAGUUAAGGAGUAUUUUGGAGAUGAGGUUAUUAGUGAUGAUGGUAAAGUAGAUCGACUAGUUCUUGGAAACAUAGUUUUCAAUGAUAAAGACAAAAGAAUGAAACUUAAUGCUAUUACACAUCCUAGAAUCCAAAGUGCCAUGAUGAGAAUGGCCUUCAGUUACUUCUUCUCAGGGCACAGAUACAUAGUGAUGGAGGUUCCAUUACUCUUUGAAACUGGCAAAAUGUUAAGAUUCAUGCAUAAAAUUAUAACAGUUGUUUGUGAUAUAGAUCAACAAAUUAGCAGAUUAUGUGAAAGAAAUGAUUUCUCUGAAAUAGUUGCAAUGACUAGGAUAAAAUGUCAGAUGCCUCUUGAAGAGAAAGUAGCCAAAUCAGAUUUUGUAAUUGAUAACUCUGGUGACAUAUCUUCAACUCGACAACAGACUGAAAGUAUCAUAAGACUCCUAAGGCGAUCUAAGUUUACAUGGUACUUUAGAGCCAUAAUAUUAAUAUCAUCUUUGUCUUUUUUAUUUGGAAUUGCUAACAUUGCCUAUAAGUUCUACUGUAAGAAAUAA